CGAGUAUGAAUAAGCAAAGCAUCAGGGAAAUUUUUGAUAAUAUUUCCUUGAGUGUUAUCUCUUUCUUAGAAUCCCACACUGGGAUCAGUGAAGUAGAGUUCAACAGUGAGAGACAAGGUGUCGCAGAGGUCAGUCUCUCCAAAUGGGAGGAAGAGAAUGCUCCCUAUAAGCUUCCUGAUGACUAUAAAUCGUUUUUACAGAUCUCUGAUGGGCUCUCACUUAGCUGGAAAAUCAAGAAGAAUGACCAUAUAUACCCACUUGGAUGAAUGCACCUGAAUAGGCUUCGAGACAUCAAAGCUAUUAAGGAAGAUGACUUUAUAUUCUCAGCUGUUGGCGCUGACUACGAGGAAUCAGCCCUUGAAAAUGAGAAAACAGAGGAACCUGAAGAAGAGUCUAAGCGCUUUAUAGCCGCCUUCGACAUGGACUGUAAAGUCAAAGAUGGAAAAUUAGCCCUGAUUUAUAGAAACACAGUUGAUAAACCCCAGGUUUGGUUCCAAGACCUAUCCUGCUGCUGGUUCUUUAUUGCUAAUACCUUUACAGACUAUUUCAGACUGAUGAUUAUGCAUCUAGGGUUACCUCAUUGGCAGUAUGCCUUCACUCAAGUAGGACUGGAUCCUCAGACUUUACAAUGGUUCAGAUUCUUGAGUCCUGAAAGACUCGAAAUUGAUCUUGAAAAUCAAGAAAUGAUGGCAAAGAAGCACGAGAAUUCCAAAAAGACCACCUAUCAGAGCGACAAGAUCAAAAUAGAAUCCCUUAGGAAGAAGAAGAGGAGAAUGAAGCUCAAAGACAAAGGCACAGGGGAUAAUAUCAUUGAGAAAUUCAGUGCUACUUCUAGCAAGAGUGCCAAAUUUGCCAGAACUAAGGUCAAAGGUGGUAAGGGCAAGAAGAAGUAACCCCUUGCGGUAAACCUCUCAUAGUUCAUAUUUUCAACUAAUCUA